UUCCACUUCCACCUCGUUCGUUGUGGUGUGUUUCCCUUCUGUUCCUUCCACACACUCUCCUUAUUCUUCUCUAUCCCCCUCUCCUCCCUCUCUCUCUCUUCACUGCUUCAGAUCUCGCAGCGCACCACUAACACACCAUCUCUCAUUUUCGAAUUCCCUUGGAUCCACGCCCGCCAUGGCCGCGAACGCCCCCAUCGCCAUGCGCGAAGUCUUAACGUUGGGAAGCGUGGGCAUCAACCCGCAGUUUAUCACCUUCACGCACGUCACCAUGGAAUCGGACAAGUACAUUUGCAUCAGGGAAACCGCGCCGCAGAACAGCGUCGUCAUGAUCGAUAUGGCCAUGCCCAUGCAACCACUCCGACGCCCUAUCACCGCUGAUUCCGCUCUCAUGAACCCUAACGCCAGAAUUCUCGCGCUUAAAGCUCAAGUUCCUGGCACUAGUCAGGAUCAUUUGCAAGUGUUUAACAUUGAAACGAAAGCGAAGAUGAAAUCGUAUCAAAUGGGCCAACAGGUUGUGUUUUGGAAGUGGAUAACUCCGAAGACAUUAGGCGUAGUGACUCAGUCAUCUGUGUAUCACUGGUCAAUUGAAGGUGAGGGUGAGCCAGUGAAGGUGUUUGACCGGACAGCUAACUUGGCGAAUAAUCAGAUUAUCAAUUACCGUUGUGAUCCUACUGAAAAGUGGUUGGUUUUGAUUGGAAUUGCCCCUGGUUCUUCUGAGAGGCCACAACUUGUAAAAGGAAAUAUGCAACUUUUCUCUGUGGAUCAACAGCGGAGCCAAGCUCUUGAAGCACAUGCAGCCUCAUUUGCCACAUUUAGAGUUGCUGGCAAUGAUAAGGAUUCAACUCUUAUUUGUUUUGCAUCCAAGAGCAUCAAUGCUGGACAGGUUACAUCAAAGAUGCAUGUCAUUGAACUUGGCGCCCAGCCAGGCAAGCCAUCUUUUUCAAAGAAACAAGCCGAUCUCUUCUUUCCUCCAGACUUUGCUGAUGACUUUCCCGUAUCAAUGCAGAUUUCAAAUAAGUAUGGUUUGAUAUAUGUUAUCACAAAACUCGGUCUUUUAUUUGUCUAUGAUCUAGAGACUGCCACUGCAGUUUAUAGAAAUCGAAUCAGCCCCGAUCCGAUAUUUUUGACAGCAGAGGCCUCAACAUCAGGGGGCUUUUAUGCUAUAAAUAGACGUGGCCAGGUUUUGCUUGCUACUGUGAAUGAAGCAACCAUUGUACCUUUUGUUAGUGGCCAGUUAAAUAAUUUGGAACUUGCUGUUAGUCUUGCUAAAAGGGGAAACCUCCCUGGUGCAGAAGAAUUGGUUGUUAAGCGUUUUCAAGAAUUAUUUGCUCAGACCAAGUAUAAGGAAGCUGCAGAGCUUGCUGCACAAUCACCCCAAGGAGUACUUCGAACUCCUGAUACUGUUGCUAAAUUUCAGAGUGUACCUGUGCAAGCUGGGCAAACGCCACCACUGUUGCAAUACUUUGGAACUCUGUUAACCAUGGGAAAACUCAAUGCUUUUGAGUCACUGGAACUGUCACGACUUGUUGUAAAUCAGAACAAAAAGAAUCUUUUGGAAAAUUGGCUGGCAGAGGAUAAACUUGAAUGCAGUGAGGAGCUUGGUGACCUUGUGAAGACGGUUGAUAAUGACCUUGCUUUGAAAAUUUAUAUCAAAGCUAGAGCAACACCAAAAGUUGUUGCAGCUUUUGCAGAGAGGAGAGAAUUUGACAAAAUCCUGAUAUAUUCAAAGCAGGUUGGAUAUACACCUGAUUACAUGUUCCUUCUUCAAACAAUUUUACGAACAGACCCACAGGGUGCUGUAAAUUUUGCUCUGAUGAUGUCUCAAAUGGAAGGAGGAUGCCCCAUAGACUACAACACAAUUACUGAUCUAUUUCUUCAGAGGAAUUUGAUCCGUGAGGCAACGGCCUUUUUGUUGGAUGUGCUGAAGCCAGACCUUCCUGAACAUGGAUAUCUUCAAACAAAGGUUUUGGAAAUUAAUCUGGUAACCUUUCCAAAUGUUGCUGAUGCUAUAUUGGCCAAUGGCAUGUUCAGUCAUUACGAUCGCCCACGUAUUGGACAAUUAUGUGAAAAGGCAGGCCUUUUCAUUCGGGCUCUUCAGCAUUAUUCUGAGUUGCCAGACAUCAAACGUGUCAUUGUGAAUACACAUGCCAUUGAGCCGCAGGCUUUAGUUGAGUUUUUUGGUACCCUUUCUCGAGAAUGGGCACUAGAGUGUAUGAAAGAUCUUUUACUUGUCAAUCUCAGGGGAAAUCUUCAAAUAAUUGUUCAGACUGCUAAGGAAUAUUCUGAGCAGUUGGGUGUUGAUGCAUGCAUUAAACUAUUUGAGCAGUUCAAAUCCUAUGAGGGACUAUACUUUUUCUUGGGUGCAUACUUGAGCUCUAGUGAGGAUCCUGAUAUUCACUUCAAGUAUAUUGAGGCUGCUGCUAAAACUGGACAAAUUAAGGAGGUUGAGCGUGUAACUAGGGAAUCUAACUUUUACGACGCUGAGAAGACAAAGAAUUUUCUUAUGGAAGCCAAGCUUCCAGAUGCACGACCAUUGAUUAAUGUCUGUGAUCGUUUUGGAUUUGUUCCAGAUCUCACCCAUUAUCUCUAUACUAACAACAUGCUUCGAUAUAUUGAAGGUUAUGUUCAAAAGGUCAAUCCUGGAAAUGCUCCUCUAGUUGUAGGACAGUUGUUAGAUGAUGAAUGUCCUGAAGAUUUUAUUAAAGGUCUUAUACUUUCCGUACGUUCUCUUCUGCCAGUUGAGCCUUUAGUUGAAGAAUGUGAGAAGAGGAAUCGUCUCCGCUUGCUUACUCAAUUCUUGGAGCAUCUUGUAAGUGAAGGAAGCCAGGAUGUGCAUGUACAUAAUGCUCUGGGUAAAAUAAUUAUUGACAGCAACAACAAUCCCGAGCAUUUUCUCACAACCAAUCCAUACUAUGAUUCUCGUGUUGUUGGUAAAUAUUGUGAAAAGCGGGAUCCUACCCUUGCUGUUGUUGCUUACAGGAGAGGGCAAUGUGAUGACGAGCUUGUUAAUGUUACUAAUAAAAACUCCUUGUUCAAACUCCAAGCAAGAUAUGUUGUGGAAAGAAUGGACUCUGACCUCUGGGAGAAAGUUCUUAAUCCUGAGAAUGAGUUUAGAAGGCAGUUGAUUGAUCAAGUGGUGUCCACUGCUUUGCCUGAAAGCAAGAGUCCUGAGCAAGUUUCAGCUGCAGUGAAAGCUUUUAUGACUGCCGAUCUUCCACAUGAGUUGAUCGAGCUUCUUGAAAAGAUUGUUCUACAAAAUUCUGCUUUUAGUGGAAAUUUUAAUCUGCAAAAUUUGCUGAUCCUUACUGCAAUCAAGGCAGAUCCUUCAAGAGUUAUGGAUUACAUUAAUAGGUUGGACAACUUUGAUGGACCUGCAGUAGGGGAGGUAGCCGUGGAAGCACAACUAUAUGAGGAGGCGUUUUCUAUUUUCAAGAAAUUUAACUUGAAUGUUCAGGCUGUUAAUGUCCUGCUGGAUAACCUCCAGACUAUUGAUCGUGCUGUGGAGUUUGCUUUCCGAGUUGAAGAAGAUGCUGUUUGGAGCCAGGUGGCUAAAGCACAACUUAGGGAAGGCUUAGUGAGUGAUGCAAUUGAGUCAUUCAUUCGUGCAGAUGAUUCAACUCAUUUCUUAGAGGUUAUUAAGGCUGCGGAAGAUGCAGAUGUAUACCAUGACCUGGUGAAGUAUCUUCUCAUGGUUAGGCAGAAGACCAAAGAGCCCAAGGUGGACAGUGAGCUCAUUUAUGCUUAUGCUAAGAUUGACCGUCUUGGAGAAAUUGAAGAGUUUAUACUGAUGCCAAAUGUUGCCAAUUUACCAAAUGUUGGAGACCGCUUGUAUGAUGAGACAUUGUAUGAGGCGGCAAAAAUUAUAUUUGCUUUUAUUUCUAACUGGGCUAAGUUGGCAGUCACAUUGGUGAAGCUUAAACAGUUCCAAGGAGCUGUUGAUGCAGCCAGGAAAGCAAACAGUUCAAAAACAUGGAAGGAAGUCUGUUUUGCCUGUGUUGAUGCUGAGGAAUUCCGCUUAGCUCAGAUUUGUGGUCUCAAUGUCAUCAUUCAGGUGGAUGAUUUGGAGGAGGUUAGCGAGUUUUAUCAGAACAGAGGAUGCUUCAAUGAACUCAUAUCUCUAAUGGAAAGUGGGUUAGGAUUGGAGCGUGCACAUAUGGGUAUCUUUACUGAGUUGGGAGUUCUAUAUGCAAGAUAUCGACCCGAGAAGCUAAUGGAACACAUUAAGUUGUUCUCAACUCGGCUUAACAUUCCAAAGCUUAUUCGGGCAUGUGAUGAACAGCAGCACUGGAAAGAACUCACUUACCUAUUCAUUCAAUAUGAUGAGUUCGAUAAUGCUGCAACCACUGUCAUGAAUCAUUCUCCAGAAGCAUGGGACCACAUGCAAUUCAAAGAUGUUAUAGUUAAAGUUGCAAGUGUAGAGCUCUACUAUAAGGCUGUUCACUUCUACUUACAAGAGCAUCCAGAUGUAAUAAAUGAUAUGUUAAAUGUGAUUGCUCUUCGUGUGGACCACACUCGUGUAGUAGAUAUACUACGGAAGGCUGGCCACCUUAGAUUAGUUAAGCCGUACAUGGUUGCAGUUCAAAGCACCAAUGUAUCUGCUGUCAAUGAAGCUCUGAAUGAAAUUUAUGUCGAGGAAGAGGACUAUGACAGACUUCGAGAAUCAAUAGAUCUGCAUGACAACUUUGAUCAGAUAGGUCUUGCGCAGAAGAUUGAGAAGCAUGAACUUCUUGAAAUGAGGCGUGUUGCUGCAUACAUUUACAAGAAAGCAGGAAGAUGGAAGCAAUCCAUUGCUUUGUCAAAGAAAGACAAUCUUUACAAGGACUGCAUGGAAACAUGCUCUCAAUCUGGUGAUCGUGAACUCUCAGAAGAUUUGCUUAUCUACUUUAUUGAGAAGGGAAAGAAAGAGUGUUUUGCAUCAUGCCUCUUUGUCUGUUAUGAUAUUAUCCGGCCAGAUGUUGCUCUUGAGCUAGCUUGGAUGAACAACAUGAUUGAUUUUGCUUUCCCAUAUCUCUUACAGUUUAUUAGAGAGUAUUCAAGCAAGGUGGAUGAGCUUAUUAGGGACAAAAUUGAAGCUCAAAAGGAGGAGAAAGCUAAGGAAAAGGAGGAGAAGGAAGUGAUUGCUCAACAGAAUAUGUAUGCCCAGUUGCUACCGCUUGCUUUGCCGGCACCUCCGAUGCCAGGAAUGAGUGGAGGCUAUGCCCCUUCCCCUCCUCCAAUGCCUGGAAUGGGUGGAGGCUAUACUCCUAGCCCUCCACCACCACCCAUGGGUGGAAUGGGGAUGCCACCAAUGCCUCCUUUUGGCAUGCCUCCAAUGGGGGGCGGCUACUAA